CGCGCGGCCGCUGGCGCAACAAGUGCCCAGCACCACCACCGGAACGCAGUUGUUUCCAGGGAAAGGGGCCGUGCGAGCCAAAGCUAGUACUAGCAAACCACGUAGCAGCAGCGAGACUGCAGUGUCCCGCAGGACAAAGUGUUCCUCGCGCGAUCCCCAGCAGAUCUCCUCACAGGAACAGACCCAGCAAGGCCCACAAUUGUUACCGGCAGUGUUGAUGAAAGCGAGAACAAACCGCCGCGCCAGAACAGGCACGGGUCGCGGCCGAAGACCAAGAGCUAGUACAGCCGCGUCGUCGAGCCGUGCUGGUGCGGAGGAGGGCGCUUUUCGCGACAGUGGUCGAGGACAAGAACAGCAGGAAGGCGGGGGCACUGCUUCCUCGUCGCAAGCGCAAGGCCCGCGCAAUGAUGCCGGUGGCCCUGCGUCUUCGUCUUUGCCUCUGGAGCCUCCUUCGCCCAGCUCCCCCUCCUCUCGACGGGAGCACGAGCGUCAUGAGUCUUCGCUUUUUUCUUCCGAGGACGAAUCAUUUUCACCGAAUAUGAAUAAUCAACAAGGAGCGACGAUUCUUUGGCCGCGGUCACUUUCAGAUCCCCCCCUGGGUAGCGGUAGUAGUCUCGACCGUCAACAAGUCUUCGCGACAAGUGGAGGUCCCCUCCAAGAAGCAGCUGUCCAAGGUACUUCUACACUCGCAGGUGGAGCAGAGCAGCACACAAUGUCAUCGGGUGAGGAUAGUCAAAGCCGCGUCUCCCGUGGGCGGUCCACGGAGCACGAAGACCACAGUGACGGUAGCAGACGCCGAAUCCGCAAGCACAACUCGCAAUUGCGAGGUUCUUCAUCAGAGUCCUCAUUUGAGGGCCCAAGAGCAUCGCGUACGAGGCACACUCCAAUGCCUGCCCAACAAAGCCCAGUGGCCUCGUUCUCGUCCGCUGCAACGCCAGGAAUGGUUGCCCAACAGGACGAGGACGACGGGGCAAUGCAAAGUACCACGUCUUUCGAUCCUGCUGGCAGCACCACGAUGGUGCAAUUUGCACAGGAGAUCAUGCCUCUUCACGACCUGCAAGACGGGGCGCUCAGCUCUUCAGCGUCUGGGGAGGCGUCAUCCGUCGUUCCGGCAGACCACAUGGAAAGUGCGAAUCCACCUCCAACUGCGCGAAUCAGUCACACUGCUUCACCAGUGCAGCUGCCCGCAAGCACGUCAGCUGCAGCACCAGGAGGUACUACAACUACCUCAAGCGCUCAACGUCAGGCAUCGCAGCAGGCACAGGAGAAACCACGAGAACAAGGCGCGGUGAGCAAGGGCUUCAUUCGGAUCGACAACAUCGUGGACCUCGACAAUUUGUACAAUCGAGUUGACAGCGCGCUCGACAUGGAAUCUGCUUCGGGGAACGACGGUGCCACUAACAACCUUGACGCAGUCUUCUCUAGCAGUGGCGGUGAACAACAACGGGCAGGCGCUACGGGCGGGCGCACUACAGCUGGACGAGACCACGGAGAGGACGACCACACGAUGUCGCGCGAAGACGAAGCGACGAGCGAUGCUGAUCUCGAUCUCGCGGAGGUAGGAAACGACGAAUCGACCACUUCCAACACUGAGGAUUUCGAGCAGCAGCAUUUAAGUGUGGCUGUUGAUCGUGAAACCGGACAGCUGGUAGUGCUCAAGCUUGUCGAGGCCUCGGCGAGUAAGCGGCGCGCUUUAACGGCGAUGUUGAAUUUGCCUCCGCACCCCAAUGUAGUCCCGAUCAACCGCGUGUACGAGGACGUCGAGAACCACUGGUUUGUCAUGGAAAUGCCCUACAUCCGCGGUGGAACAUUGCUCACCUGGCUAUCACGACAACGGGUCGCAGCUGCACGAACCCGCGGUCUGGUACCCCGAACUGCGGUUGCAGUGCAUCACCCUAUCGGAUCCGUAUCGGCCAGCGCGGGUGGUGCAGGGGUGAGCGCGACGCUCGGAGGCGGAGGGGUCGAACUGCGCACGUCUUCCUCUCCCACGAGCUGCCACAUGGAAGAUGUACUGGCGCAACAGCAGGUCGUGGAGCAGCAGCAUCAGCAGCAGACGCCGGUCGUACUGGACCAGGAUUUGUCGCGUGCUGUUCAUCCACAGGUCGUACUUGGUCCGUCUAGUACAACCACGACCAGCUGCACGGGCCUUUCCCCUGCAACGUCGCCCAGCAGGCCGCCGGUGCGUGCACAAGCAGCUAGUAGCAGCCUUGCGGGUGCGGCAGCUCCUGGGACGGUUCCACAAGCGCUUUAUAUGCUACAGCGUGGGUUGCCAGCUCCUCACUGGACGCCGACGCGACAAUUGCAGCAGUCGCGGUCGCCACCCCCGGGCGCAGACGCACAACGCAGGCAAACAGUGGGCGUUCCAGGAGGUACUUCAACAUCUACUGCGCAUAGCAGGAGUAGGACGCCGUAUUGGGGACUGGGAGGUGGUCACCACCAUUUUAUUUCUGCCGCUGUUGCAAGUAGCCCUACUGCGACGUAUCCACCCUCAGCAAGCAGCUUGGCUGCUGCCUCCGCGUCCAGGCUUCAAGUUCGCAGCGCACCAGGAGCUGCGUAUUCAGUUCGCCAUUCGCAACAUCCUAAUAUGUUGAGAACUGCUGUCACAACAAGGACAAGCGCAACAAGCCCUGCAUUAGUAGCCACAACUCCAGGUAGUACGUUUGUGCUGCCCCAAGCGGACGCUCCGAGCCCCGACAUGUCGACUGCAGGCACGAUGUGUGCCGCCGGUUGCAGCUCGUGUGGUCCAAGACAGUUGGCAAUGUGUGGCCUGCGAGGCGGUGGUGCUCCUGCGAACGUGCGGAGAACGCUACCGGUAUUCCGAAGAGGACACGAGUCGCGCUCACCAAUUCGACAGCUCGACCGUAGUCCGUUACCCCCCGCCUAUCGCGCCGCGUUACCAACAGCGGUGCCACUCCAUGGGCCCUCUCCACCCGGGCAUCAGGUGGGAGGUUCUUCGGUUCUCGAUCCAGUACAACCGCCACCAGCACCCAUGCAGCACAGGCCGCUACACCCGAUGACACGCCCGACAUUGGUAACUCCAAGCGCAGCUCAGCCGCUUGUUUCGGUGCCGCACCAGCAGCCCGUGUGGGCAACAAGUCCAAGUCCGGGCCCUGGGUCUUCUAUUUCUGCCGCUGCACCCCUCGCUUCAAGCGUUGCCUCGUCCGUACCACUUGUUCCGCAUGGUUCCGGCGCAAGCUCAACUACACAGGAACUACACACGACGCCCCUGCUUUCGGCGGUCAACACGAUGGACGCGACCAGCACGGUGCCGAUGUUCGUCGACAGCGGUGGCGGUGGGGGCUCCGCCUCGAGCAGUACGUGCCCGCAGUCCCUACCCAACAACAUGCACGAGGAGAAGAGGCGCAUCAUGAAGGGUGUCCUCAGCGCGGUCCAGCACAUGCAUGAGAACGGUCUCGUCCACACCGACGUCAAGCUGCAGAAUUUCGUCUUGGACGUGGACGAGGAAACGGGUUCGGUGAAGGAGGCGAUGCUGAUCGACUUCGAAUUUGUGACGCCCUACGAAGCCCUUGCCUACUGGGAGAAGCGUGGUCGCAUCCAGUCCGUCCUGCAGGGGCUUCGGACGUACCACAAUAUGCAUCACCCACAGCAGCCCUUCAGUGUCGAUGAGGACGACCCGGUGAGGACAAGAACUACGUUGCACCAACCUCCUCGACAGACGCAGCCACCUAACAUUAUAGCAGCUGCGAUGCGGACGCGGAUGCAGCCAGGGCCUGCAGCUGGAGCUGCCUCUUCCUCCUUGUCAGCGCGGCACGCCAGCGCGGGAGCGGCUGCGCCAGCAGCAACAGGAGGGGCAAACACGAUCGCGAGUAGUCUCCAGAGUGCGCCAGUUGGAAGCCGCCACGCGCAGCAAGCACCACAGACGAGCGCCCUUGCGGUCGUCGGAGGCGAAGGAGUGCUUUCGCAAAACAGAUCUACUUGGCAGCAGCACGUACCGCCACCGCCUCCGGGACCCUCCGACAUCGGCUCGCACAUUGCUCAGGGACACAUUACACGACCGUUCACUCGUACCACGAUAUUGAACAACCCUGCGGCCGUCGGAUCCGUGCCGUCCACGACCCUUUUGGCCACCGCAACCACUGCCGCGGUGCAGCAGGUGAUUCACGCGGCCAGUGCAGCAAGGACGUCGAACGCGACGUACUUUUUGCAUCCGACUUUGUUUCCGGUCCUGCCCGCCGAUAGGGAUAGGCGCAUUCCGGGAGUUACACCCACCGCGACAAUCCAGGGCACCGCCGAGUACCUGGCCCCCGAAAUGAUGGUGAGCGAGCGCCGCGUGAUCUCGCCCUUGAAUGACCUGUGGGCCGUGGGGAUCAUUUUCUUCCACCUCGAGACCACGAACUACUGGCCCUGGUCGCGGAAGUGGCGGGAGAACAUCAAGGCCACUUGUUCGGCGCGAAGUCGCACAGACUGCACUGAAGAAGGCCUGCGCCGGCUGUUUCACGAACUCAGCUGGGAAUGGUACAACCUUCUCCGCGACGACCCGGAAGUGGACCGUCGGCUGGCGCGGUUCAUUCCUGAUCCGGACAGUCGCCACUUGUGCCGCAAAUUGUUACACUUCGACGAGCACCAGCGUCUCAGCUCCGCUAAGGAGGCGCUCCGGUUACUCGAGAGGCUGGACAGCAAGGGAUCCUCGACAUAAAUCAUCUUUCGACCUGGAAAUAAGAGACCUCUACCUGUUCGUCGCGAACCUUGCCCAAAAAUUAGAGAAGACAGGUCUCUACUUUCCGCAAUAGGAAUAUAAACGGCCAGUCGGCAUCCAUCCGAAGAAUCAAACAAGAAUCAUCCACAUCUAACGAGUCAUUGCAUCACGGUUGUUUCCAAGAAACCUCCUUUUAUACGACCAUACGAAAUCUAGUGAAACUCGCCACUAUGGCAGCAAAGCUCUGCUGUAUGUGACCGAAUGACGGGGAUCGCGCUGAAUGUAAAGAUGCAUGCGCCGUAGCCGUACACUUGACCGAUAGGUGGAUGCAACCGAAGUGCUUACUCAUCGCUCUUUCAAACGGACGGUCGGUGACAAACGUAGCUGUUGCGCGACCGUCGAAACAUAGUGAAAACGACAAGAUCGCCAAUCUUGUGCGGAACUUCAUUUGUAUUUUUUUGGGUGUAUCUGGACCCUAUCCACUGCAAUUUUUCAUCGAUUACGAUUUCUUCAUCGCGCUCGACCCAAUUGUAAAGAAUUGGACAGCUAUGGAAAC